AUGGCGGCAGCCUCAGUCACGCUGCACCGCAGCACGACAGGCCCAUCAGCCACAGCCGCCCCGGGCAACCCGCUCCCACAGCUCCUCCAAACACCGUCCGGGCUCGCCCUGCUGGAGCUCCAGGGGACCAUCAACCUGCCUGCGGCGGAAGGCGGCGGCGAUGGUUCGGAGCAGCAGCAGCCCCACAUAUCGAUAGGCCGCCUCGACUUCCCGGACUACAGGCCCGACUCCAUCACUUUUGACGCGUCCAGCACGGCGUGGAUGAGGCGCGUGUACAUGUACGUCGGCCAGCACCAGCGGCUGACGGGCGAGGUGAAGAAGCUGCCGCGCGCGGUGGGCGUGGUGCGGCGGCGGCAGCGAGAGGGAGGGGCCGGGGGCGGGGGCGGUGGUGACGACAGGGCCGAGGAGCUGGAGGUUGUGGAGAUUGUCAAGUACAAGAUCGUGUUCUCGUCGAGGCCGGAGCCGGUCGGCACGGCGUGA